AGGGUUUCCUGGGAUGUCGCCCUUCUUUCGACUAUCUGAUAUAUAAGAUCGAACGACCCCGAGCUCGCAUCAUGUCGAGCUGGGUCGCAUUGAAUGUUGAACCCGAUGAGGCUGUCGAAGAGGAGGUUGAUGAUACCAAGGAGCUCCAGAUCGAGGAAGCUCUGAAGCUAUACCACAGUGCUUUAAAACUACACGCGCAAGGUCCAGAGUUCUAUUCCCAGGCAGCCGAGGCAUACGAAGCUCUUCUCAAUUCCGAGAUCUUUAAAUACCCAGAGUCCGUCUCCGAUUUCAAAAGGGGCGCAUUCGAGGAUGCGCAGACCCAAGAGACCUCUGAUGAAGCCACAGAACCGAUCGGCGAGUUCAAUGUCAACGACUCUACCUCCAGUCUAUUCCAGACCCUUUAUCUCUCCUACAAAAACCACGGCAAAUACGUUCUCGAUGCGGUACAAGAAUCCAUACGAACAGCACCGAAGACGCCCGGAUCCGAGAAAGAAGCGCAAAAGAAGCUGAUGGAGGCGUCAAGGAAAGCGCUGCAAUCCUUCGGAGAUGCCUUAGAACGAGAUGACUCUGAUCUGAAUCUCUGGAGGCAAAGCGCGAGACUCAGUGGUGCCUUGCAGAGCCAUCGCUUGUCGCGGUAUUGCUUGGAGAGCGUACUAGCAGAUGAUGACAAUCGGCUGGAAUUGCGGCCAGAGCAGCUCGGCCUGGAGGAAAUAUUUGCAGAGCAACGCCUUCGAAGCACACUAGAGACCCUUUUCGACAAGUUAUCUGCUUCGCAGAUUCCCGUCAAAAGACCCAAGAAGGCUCUAUUGAAGUAUUUAAAACAGCACGAGGAUCCUUACCCAAGUUUACCUACGAUUCCCGCCGAUUUACAGAACAUCGAUUCAUCCAAGGGACCUCUCGCAAUACAUACUUCCAUCAGGUAUAUUACACCCGCAGCACCAACUUGGGAGUCGGUUGGAAAGGCACUUCUCCAAGCUCUCGACGACGACGAUGAGGCGUCGAUUUCCGCAGUUCCGAGUCGGUCAAUCGGCAUUGUUCUACCAACACGGGGCUCUCAUCCUCCUGGCACGCCGACCACAAAGCCAGAUGACGUGGAGAUGAAAAGUGAAGACGAUGGACAUGAGAAAAGAGCCGAAAACGACGAGAGCAGCGGAGAAAUGCUUCAAACAACUGAGCAUGAGACGAAAUCCGAAGAACCCGAACCUGAACCCGAAAAAACCAAGGAGCCCGCAGAACCAGUCGAGGAACCCUCAACUAUCGACCAGAGCGCAGAGAAGCAAUUGAUGGAAUCAUUAGAACGCCAAUCAGCACAACCUCCUGAUCAGCAAGCUGAAAAUGAUGAGACAAAUCCCGAGGACCUUGACCCGAGCUCUGCAGCGGCUGCUCGCAAAAGAUCGUCUGCAUCAGUUGCCAACGAGGAGCCAGAGGGAGGUCGAAUGAAGAGCAGACGGACACGUGCCCGAGAAUCAAAUGCCGACGCCCUGGUAGUUCCUGAGGAAAUCGCCUUCGACCAAGAAAAGUACUACGAAAACCGCCUCGAGAUUUUCGUCAAUGCCGAUGAUUGGAUGUUCAGCACGCUUGAUUCUCUGUUUUCAAAAGUCGGAAUCGAAGCACUGGGGAGCAUUGCAAGCAUAAGAGCAAAGUGCUCGACAAGUGAAUCAACUGAUACACCCGAAGACCUUGAAACACGGUUGUUCCAGGAUUUCCGCGGUCUCAUCAAGACAUGGGACGACGAAAAGUCUCGUUUGAUGCAGCAGAAGGAUGAACAUUCACCCUUGAAGAAGGAUAUACACGGUACGAGCAAAUCGGGCUUGGCUGUAUUCCUUGAACACUCACGCAAGGGUGCCCGGAAACCAAUUGUUGCGGAAGACCUCCCCGCUGGGGAGCAUCUCUAUGACUUCUCUGACUCCAUCAACAGUGAAUGGCGACACCCCCAUGACACCUCUUUUCAGUGGCUCAAGUGCCUUCUGACGCCAAACUUUGGUCGAGAAACCCCAGAUUGGUCCACUGCGAAGUCAGCAUACAGGCGUUUUUUGUGGCCGAAGGAACUAAAGAAUACUGUGGUGGAUCUCUUGCUCCGCGAGGAUGAGUUCAUAUACAAAAGGUCUGGUGAACUGAUUGCCGACCUCGAACGCCGAAUGCUUGACGCAAGCAGUGAAGCUCCUUUUGAAUAUAAGGCCAGCGACUUCUUCGAGCUUGAGAUGGUACAGUCCAUCUAUGAACUUCAUUUGGAUAUCUUCGCUUCAGUUGAAACUCUAGGCAGCAAGACAGGACAGGAGACACGACUUGCACAACGCGACAGGCUGGGUCGUUGGGGCAUGCUAGCUCGAUCAUCCGUGGAUCAUUUUGUCGACAACGGGCCGUCUGGUGAUUGCCAAAAAGACAUCACUCUCCGUCAUCUGUGGGCAUCUGUAUUCCAUAUCAACCUUGCCGGGGAGGCAGAACGGGAGCAUAUUUUGCUUUGCCUCCAAGACCUGAAGCAAAUCCUCCAGACCCUUGGCAAUCCAGACGCCAGCUUCAUCAACAACUCCACCAUGUCCGAACUGUCUGCGGCUGUGAUAGACCAAGAGGUGUUGAAGCUCAAGUGCAUGGACUUCUUUGCCAAGGUCUUCAACUCGGACUCGGAAGAUCCUGUGUCCCUCAUCGAGGCAAUUGAGCCCAUUCUUGAGCCCUCAUCGAUUGAGUAUGCAGAAGCACCAUCGGAGAACGACAUGAAUCAUCCAACAUCACACCUCAGCGAAAUGGCUGCCUUCUUAGACCGCGGAGAUGCUACAUUGCGUCUAUUUCUGUGGCGCAGGCUCCAGGAGGCAUACCAAGCCAUCGACUACCCGCCUAAAGUUGUCUCAUGCUAUCUGCGAAGUAUCGAAGUGGUGAUGACAGAACUUGAGGCCACGAAACACAGCGAAGAAACAAAUCGACACCGUCAGGUAUCUCUGCUGAGCUGGCUCAAGGCUCUGGAUGGCAUCGUGGCCAAGGCCAUACCACUUAUUCUUGAAGAGUCGGACAUGGCCUACGAAUGUUUCGACCAAGAGCAUCUUCAAGCAUCCAUGUCUGCAGUAUCCCGCCUUGCUAGACUGUUGCACAGCUUUGUUCUAUAUGAAGAUUCUGUGCGGGUCGGGCAAACUUCUGGUCGUGACCUCCGAGCAUCAUUAACGAAGUCGCUUGAAAACUUUAAGGAUAGGAUGCGAGAGCUGUACGUUCGUUGCUGGAUUCUACAGUACACCCUUUUCAUGGAGGCAAUCGCUCAGAACAAAGAACUUUUCGAUGACGCACUCGAAGAUCGGAUUCACUUCCUUCGUUCCGUACACAAUGCAUUGGGCGUCCGAUCAAUGUGCAGGUACUCGCAGAAGAAGUUCUUGAAACUUGUCAAGGCUGAGCUCUUUGGCCUUGAGACGAAAGGGGACUAUGAAUUCGAUGUGUGCCAAAUCCUUUACGAUCUGCACGGCAUCAAGUUUUCUCCAUUCGAUGGAACCAUGGAUCAUGGGUGCCCUCCGGAGAAGCUGGAUCGCCCUACAGCUAUCAUGAUGAUUGACUUUGUUUUGCAGCAGGCAAACAAGAUGAACAUGAAGGACCUGUCAAAGUCCGAAUUGAAGACAACUAUCGAAAAGAUGCAGCAAGCAAUUGGUCCCGCCGCCAAGUCUUCGUCGCAAGCACCACAGCUGACUUUCAAUCGUCGGAUUGUCAAUGCCUAUCUUAAAGCCGCCCUCAACCCAUCCAAUCUUCUCCGGGCCGUUCAAGGUAUUACAGAGCUUUCGACAACUGUGGUUCUAACCGAGAAUGCAAAGAUUGCCGCUAAAGGAUGGUUCUUCCUUCUUGGCCAUGCCGCUUUGACCAAGUUCCGUUCACAAAAGCGUCUCAGCCCUGGUUCAACAAGCGAGCUUGACGAUGCCAUCAGCUUCUUCAGACAGGACUUGGAUCAUGGAUCAGGGAGGUGGGAGACCUGGUUCAGACUCGCUCAGGCAUACGAUUCCAAGCUGGAUGAAGAUAUUACAUGGACAGCGGACAAAAUCAACAACAACCGCGCGGAUCUAGCAACACUCCAGCGGAACGCCAUCCAUUGUUAUGCAAUGGCCGUUUCAACGGCAAUCCGGACCGCAGAGCCAACGGCAGAGACAAGAGCCCUGAUGUCGGAUCUCUACUCCGACUUUGGUAUUCGUCUGUACUCAUCCUCUCGUGAACCGUUGUCUAUGGGUGCCUUUAGCGUGGAAGGUUUCCCUCGUCAUUUCAGCAGCGAAGAGAGUCAGCAGAUGUACAAGGGGCAGCCUUUCAAGGAAAUGUCGGAGUACUCGGUGUGGAACUUUGCCAGCAACCUUCUCAAACGGGCAGCCGUUGACAAGUCGAAACGAUGGAUGACCCAUUAUACGCUUGCCAAGUGUCUCUGGAAGAUGUACAAUAGCGACGACUCUCUUAGGACGAGUUCAAAAAGAGUUGAGAUGCAAGAGGUGCUGGACGCUCUGUUCGAUGCCAUCAACGCACUCCCACAGCGAAGAGACUCGCGCUCUGAUCCGAUCUUCGAGCCGCACUUCAAACUGUUUUCUUUUGUGCACAAGCUUGUCCUUCGAGGAAAGAUGACGCCUGCCGAAGGAGGCAAAGCCCUACUCGCAACCCCCUGGGCCAGAAAGGUUGAUGUUCCCGAGAAUAUGGAUGCAUGGAAAUCAUACAUGACGGAAGUUCUUCGAAAGUUCAAGAGUGCCGAUAAGUCCAACUGGCAUCAUCGAAUGGGCGUGAAGGCUGCCCAUUUGGUUUACGAUGGUCAACCAAACCCAGCUGCUGCGAUUGCUGCCAAGCAGGAAUUGUCCCAGAUUUUUACCAAGACGCUCACCAUCCAAGUCUGGCGACCUGAAUUCGAACGUCCGGGUAGACAUUUCGUCUACACCACACGAUAUGUGUACUUUUUCGUCGGCUUGCUUGAUCAAUUAGAUGAUCGCGCAAGCUUAGAUCAAUUGUUACGUCGCGUGAGAAAGAAGCAGGGCGAUUUCCUCAAUCACACCAAGCUGUGGGAGGAUAUUUGCCUGAACUAUGCAAAGCUCAUUCGCCGCGCAGCAAUGAUCAACGAAGGACAUGAAGAAGGCGUAUUCAAACCAAUCGGCUGGGAAGAAUUUUCCACCAAAACAGCUCGCCUGGAAAGCUUAACCCAACUGUCCACAGACAGCCAACCCCUCCUAGAAUUGCUCCGUGAUGCCCUGGAAUUGAAGAAGCUGAACAACAACCUGAUGAAAAUCACCAUGUUCGAGGAUCUGAUCGCAGACCUCUACGCCCGAGUCUACGAAGUCAACAUGCCCCAACUGAUCGAGCAAGUCAACGACGAGAACAAAGAGAAAAUGAAACUCGACCACCUGCUCAUGGCGGGCGAAGCUUCCGCCGAGACUUCUACGCCACCUACCCCCUCCCCGCUUCUGAUACCCCCGCGCCGCGCGGCCGUACUAAGGAAACGGGCCGAUACAAUCGUCAACACGAAGCUUGCUCCCCGUGCUCCCGCGAGCAAAUUCACCGCUCCGGGCGAGACGGACCCGCCUUCUACGCCGCAUGGUGCGUUGAUGCCAGGCGCGGCCUCGACUCCUGCUAUCCGAGGCCCCGGCAAACCGCCUCCCGCGAAUGGAGAUGGAGCUGCUGGGCAGAAGGAUCCGAACGGGGAGCAUGACAGCGCUGACGAGAGUGAUGUUGGUGAAGACGACGAUGGGACGAUGAUCGAUGAGGGGAAUUCGACUCUUUUCCCUCCUGUUACUGACGCGGAGGAAGGUGGUAGUGGGGAUGAGGGGGCUGAUGAGGGUGAUGGGGAAGAUGAUGAGAACGAGGGUGGCGAAGGGGAUGGUGGUGGUGAUGGUGAUCCUGCUGCUACGGAAGGGGAAGGUGAUGGUGAUGAAGAUGAGGAAAUGCAGGAUGAAGAGACGAAGGGCAAUCUCACUGCUGACCAGUCUGCUAAUGAGACGGAAACUGAGCCUUUCGCUGGCAAGGAUGUUGCGUCUAAGGGCGACCCUGACGCAAUGGAUAUUACACCUUCUGAAUCCUGA